CGCAUUCUUCAGACAGCCACAUGCAUGCUUGUCAAGAAUAGUAGACAGAACAGCUGGCCCAAUAUGAGUGGUAAUUCUGGAAAGAAGGGUAAAAAGCGACCGAAGUCUUACUAUCUGAAAUGUUCACAGCAAAACAAGCGCAAAAUUAACAGACUGGAAAUCGGGAUCCGUGGCUUCUUACUCACUUGUAACAGUCAUGAAAAGGAUGCCACCCGCGAGGCAUACAAUCUUCUGAACGAGUACGCUGACCAAAUCUAUGGACCAGAGGAGGUGCCAAAAGAUGAGACAAAAGCCGAUGAUGGAGGUCCGGAGGUAAGCAGCGAGGAGGAUGAGGAGGAAGAAGAUAUUGAGGCAGCUCUUCAGAAAGAGGUCAAGGCCAUUAAGACCACAAUCUCAUCCUCACAGCGACGUUUCCAGAGUGUACAAACCAAGGCCCACAACUGUCUUUUCAUCAAGACUUCACUGGCUGACCCUUGUCAGCUAGCACAUACCAUCUUCACGGACUUGGCAAAAAAUCAUAUCCAGAAGACACGAUACGCAUUACGAUUUCUUCCAAUUGCUGGCACGUGUAGGGCCUAUCAAAAGGACCUCAAAGAAUUAGCAGAGAAGCUCCUUGUUGAAGAAUUUCAGACACCAUUCGGUGUCGGUUUGAAAUAUUCAGUGAUAUACAAAUCACGAAACAAUAAUAAUAACGAUCUCGCAAGAACAAGUGUUCAAAUGAUUAUAGGACAGGUCAUAAAAACACUAAAUCCACUGCACAGCGUAAAUUUUGAUAAUCCAGAUGUCGUUGUUGUUGUUGAAGUGAUAGGAAAUAUAUGUUGUUUGGGAACUGCCCGUGAUUUUAUGAAGUUUCGUAAGUACAAUCUUGUAGAAGUUGUCCGAUCACCAGUAGAAACAAAGGAAAAUAAAAAAGAUGUUGAUGUUGAAAAAUCUGUUACGAAGCCAGAGGCAGCGAACAAUGACUUUCAAAAGUUUAGAGGUGAAAGCAGCAAAGCAACUGAAAGUAAGAGCAGUGACAAUAACAAUGCAGAUGAAAAAGUUAUUGAUGGCGAAAACAAUUUCAGUGCAGAUGAACACAACAAUGUUCAGGACAGCAGCUGCCAAGACAAAAAUGUUGUAGAUGAAAGUAGCAGUGUUGUGAGCAACAUUAGAGAUGACAAUAUCACAGAAGAGAGCAGAAAUCUUGUUGAUAACAAUAGUACAGAUGACAAUGUCGCAGAUGACUGCUUUACAAUUAGCAAGAGCGACUCUAAAGAUGACACUGCGGAAAAUAUCAAUAAAAACAGUAUUGCUGCCGAAAAUGGUGGUGAUAUGAACACUGUUCAGGUUUAAAUAAUAAAAUAUGUGUACUGAA